GGCUGACACCCAGACUACCAAAACACUUUUGUUCAUUCUCCCCUUCUCAAACCUUGUUCGACCGCGGAGUAAUAUACCUUGUCCGACCGUGGAGAAACAGGCCAGUUUCAGCUCUUUCACAUUACCUUUGUUUUCGCUGAUCGAUCCUUCUUCUAGAGAGAGGAAAAUGGUGGGUUCUGCGAAUGGCGCGACGGACUUGUCAUCAGAGAUGGAGGUUGAUGCUUUCAGAAGACUUUUUCCUCUACGAUUUCACGAGCGCCAUUUGCUCGAGUCCGUAAGGCCCGAUGCCAGGUCACUUGGUAAAGCCAGAGAAACGUCAUUGGCUUUAGGGGCAGUGGCAUCUGCGGAUGGAUCAGCACUAGCAAAGAUAGGCUGCACUACUAUGUUAGCUGCCAUUAAAAUGGAAGUCAUGACACCUUCAAAGGAAGCACCUGAUGAAGGCUGUGUAGCCAUAGAUUUCCACAUGCCUCCAAUUUGUUCUCCUAUUGUUAGGCCUGGCAGACCUGCUGAAGCUGCACCUGUUGUGUCCAAGCAGUUAUCUGACACUAUCAUUAGUUCUGGGAUGAUUGAUCUAAAAGAGUUGUCAUUGGUCAGUGGCAAAGCUGCUUGGAUGGCAUACCUGGAUAUAUACUGUUUGGAUGCUGAUGGUGCACUAUUUGAUGCUGCCCUACUUGCUGCAGCUGCUGCUUUCUCCCAUUUGCAAAUUCCGGUGGUGUCGUUGAAUGAUGAUGGAAGAAUUGUGGUUGUUUCCAAGGAAAAUGGAGAGAAGGCAAAAAACAAACCAGUGAAUGAGGAGAAGAGAAAGCUUAAAUUGAGAAGCAUUCCUUUUGCAUUGACUUGCAUACUUCACAAGAACUACAUCUUGGCUGAUCCAACGGCUGAGGAAGAAUCCAUCAUGGAUACAUUGAUCACAAUUGUAUUGGACACAUCUUGUCAACUCGUGUCUCUUUACAAGCCAGGUGGUCCGGCUCUUGCCUAUGAGUCUGUGCUCCAGGAUUGUAUUGCAUUGUCAAGACAAAGAGUGAAAGAGCUUCAGAAAAUCCUGAAUGAAGCCAUUCUUGAUAUGGAUGUGGAUUAACUUUCAACCAAAAGGUUUCCUAAGCAUCUUUAUUACUUGUUCUUUCUUUUUGUUAUGUAAUUUCUUUUCCCAGAGCUAUAUUUACUGAAUCCAUGGCAAUCUGUUGCCUAAGGAUUUGGAGUUUUCUCUAAGCUUUGUAAAAGGGUUGGUUGGCUUGGCUUUAAAUUUUGGAAUGUGGUUUAGGUAUAGACUUUUAUGGUCAACUAUGGCUUGCAACG